CUGAAUCCUGAUCCUGACCUCUGAAAAUCAUCGUCCUUGUCUCCAUCAACACCCGCCAUUUGCGCCCCCUCCCAAUCGCCGAGUACGUCUGGCCGCCCUCUGCUGACUUGUCCGGGCAUUGUCUCCGUUGUCACCCUCGUCGUCGACGACGUUUCUGCAAGCCGCCCUGCUCCGCCUUGGGCCUAGCUUGCCUUGCGCCCUGCGCCAUCUCGUGCCCACGACCUCGGGCCUGACAUCUCCACUUUGACGACAUUAGCAAUCUGCCGAGCCCAUUUCAUCCCCUCGACGCUCCCGUCCAUCACCACCAGCGAGCCUCUACCACGCGAAUGACAUCCAGCCCUGACACCAGCAGGCCCUGAUCAGCUUGUCGCUGAGCCUCUUGCCCCAUCCCCCAGCGGCCGCGACCCGUACAUGGUGGUGUCAGAUUGGGGCCAGUCCAAACACUCGCCGCGCCAGGGAGCACGCAUAUCGCGACACCUGUAUCAGCCGUCCAUCCCAUCCCCAUACCGAGCACCUGCACCAGCCUUUCCUCAUGACUGCCGUUGCCAGCCCUCCCAGUUUCUCCAACAUCAACCGGCCGGCAUGGGGUAUUAACGGUGGCGGUGGCCAGUCCCUGAACUCGAUGAAUUCUGAAGACGUGAGAGGCGUCUUGAUGCCUCGGAAGUCAAUCCCCCGCAGCAACUCGUCCUCUUCCGUCUCGUCCACCGCGUCCAGCUCUUCCACAUCCACCGCCGUCAGCACAAAUGGUCAGCCCAACGGCGUCGCACACUCGGCAGCCGGUGAUCUGGGUGGCUGGCCUAACACGGCACCACGCAAGAGACCCCAGGGCAAAGGACAGUGGAACGGACCCAGACUAGAAGGGACAGAACUCGGCAGGAUGCCCCAGGCCCGCCCACAGAUGGCCAAUGGUCUUAACGGGGCCGCUCCAAUGUCUCCGUCCCCCUUGCUACAGUCCCCCGGGCAGAUGGCUCCUCAGAGGCCGCUUAACGACACGAUGCCCGGCGGGCAGCCUGUUCUUUACCUACUGUCCCUCAACGGCACAUUCGAGCGAAAAACGAUCCAAGUCCCUUUCUACCCCGAAACCCUACGCGUUGGCCGGCAAACAAAUAACAAGACGGUUCCAACUCCUCAGAAUGGCUUCUUCGAUAGCAAGGUGCUCUCGAGGCAGCAUGCUGAGAUAUGGGCGGACAGGCAGGGAAAGAUCUGGAUCCGCGAUGUCAAAUCGUCAAACGGGACCUUUGUGAACGGAACACGGCUGUCUCCCGAGAACCGCGAAUCAGAGCCUCAUGAGCUGCAGUCAUCCGACCAUCUAGAGCUCGGAAUCGAUAUUGUGAGCGAGGACCAAAAGUCUGUGGUGCAUCAUAAAGUAGCGGCCAAGGUGGAACAUGCCGGCUUUCUCAACCCGUCAAACAACCUCCUGGACAUGAACUUCGGGGAUCUGGAUCCUGCAAACGGGGGCAUGAUGAUGCCACAGCCUGGGCUGCCGUUCCGGAACAGGGCCGCCAGUCAAGCUUCAGCGGGACCGAAUGGACGGGUGCCUGCAGGCUCGCAUAUGAUGAAUCCCCAGUCUGCCGGGGUGGCUUUCAACAACCGUACAUUCAUGAACAACAGCUUUUCGACAGAGCUUAUUGUAAAGAAGUUGAGGAACGAGAUGCGAAACGCACGGCAGCAGGCCCAGGACCUGUCUCGUACCAGCAAGUUCUUGGACGCGCUUUUGUCCAACGAGGACGUCAAAAACCAGGAGAAACCCGAAGUGCCGGAGCCUCCCAAGCCACCAGUCGUUAACGGCAAUGCACAUUCUUUCCGCUCCGAUGGGAAGACGCGGUUUUCUGACCCUCCGGCCCCACCGCCGCAACAGCCUCUGCCCGAGAAACCGGACGUCGCAAGAUCCCAAGGCGAUGUCCCAUCGUUGAAACGCGCGACAACUGAGCGACCGAAAUCAGGUCCAUCGAGUGCAUCGCCGAUUCGCCAAGACAACCUGAGCCAGAUAAUACAAUUGACAGAAGCGCUUAAUAGUGCGAAACGAGAGAUUGAUACGCAGACCUCGAAAAUGAGAGAUCUCGAGGACAUGCUGCAGAGGGAGCGGCAGGCGCGCGAGGCAGCAGAAGAACUCGCAAAGCGGCUGGAAGAUGAUGCUCACUCGCGCAUGAACGGGUUAUCAAAGCCACAAAUAGAGGACCCAACAUUGGCGGAGGCGUUCGAGCCCCCUUCAGAGCGGUCGGGUGAGGGCAAUGCGCAGACCGAAGAAAUACAGAAGACAACACAACGUGAGGCCGGUGAGGACAGGACAGACUCACUGCAGUCACAGAUAGACAACAUGCUGUCAGAGAUGAAAGGGCUGCGAGAGCAGGUCGACAACUACAAGAAGCAGGCAGAGCAGGCCACCUCGGAACGGGAUGCGGACCGCAAGACACUGGCUGAGAUGGUCCAACAGAUCCGCCAGCGGGACGAGGAGGCUGCAGCUUUGAAGGCCGCAGCUCGGGCCCGGACGCGAUCGAGGUCAAACGGCAGGGAUCGAAGCGCGACCGUCACAGCCAGAGAGCCGAGCAGGGGCCGAUCCGUCGCAAACCGUGGCGACGGGGAAGCCACGUCUCUGCCUAGCACUGACGAAGACGCUCUGGACGACAAGCCCACGCUGUCCAGGGCGAACACCAUCACACCUACGCCAAGGUCGCCGUCGAAACGCGCCGUCUCGGACCAGGCCCUCUUGGACUCUAUCCCAUAUGCCUCGAUGAUGGGUGUCGUGCUGUUAGGCAUGGGCCUGAUGGCUUACAUCAAUGGGUGGCAGCCACAGCCUCGCAUUGACCGGUGAGACCGGCGUGCGAUGUCCAACCGUGGAAUUUGUGUUGCAUACCAAACACGUUCUCCGUUCCAUAUACCCUUCAUACCAUUUACGACGCAAAACGACUAUCACAGCUUUUCUUUGUUUACCUGGUGGCUUACGGGUGGCCUCACCGCUACAGAUAAUCAAUACUUCGGCUGCUGUUUGCGGACUGGGUCAUUCGACCUGUCGUUCAGCCUGUAUUACUGAGUAACAGCAUGGCAUUCGGUUCAUUACACACCAGCCCCUCGAGCGGCUCAGCAACGGAAGACAUUGAAGUAGACCUUUGUGUGGCACAUCGUGGUCAAUCUUGCUCGAGUCGUACGAGUGUCUGGCCAUCCUUCUUCUUCGUCUUUCAUUCUCCGUGGCGAAGCGACUGCAGCAAUUUCUCUUGAUGUACAACUUUUGGCUCUCAAGGCAGGGCCAGGUUUUGCCUGGAGGGUUAUGAAAAGGGCCAAAUGGGGCAUGCAAUGAGUGAAAUGAGAGACCUUGAUUUCCAGUCUGUUUACCGCCAAGCUUAAUAGAACUGCAUUGGGGUCUGGGUAGGGCAUUCAUUGUUGGUAUCUUUCGGUCGAAAUGCGUAAGUGAAAGUCAAUACAAGAACAUGCUUUUGUCCUCAUAAA